CUACAAUAACACGGAAAAACCACUUCUUGUAUUUCGCGUAAACAAUACCAAAACAAAUAUAUUCUUCUUAGUGGUAAAACCAAUAAAAUUCCCAGCUGGUCAACAAAUACUUCGAAAUUAGUAUAUAAACUCCCUGUUUUACUGUCCAUCGACACAAACAACCCAGAACUACAAGCAAACAGUAGACUACCGAUCUACAAAGAAGAUUUACAAAAUGAAAGGUUACUUCAUCUUCGCAAUUUUAUUGAUCCUCACCAUCGGCACCGAAUUGGCUUUCGGUGACUGCCUUUCCGGAAGAUAUGGAGGCCCAUGUGCAGUAUGGGACAACGAAACCUGCCGCAGAGUAUGCAAGGAAGAAGGACGAGUAAGUGGGCAUUGCAGCGCUAGCCUGAAAUGUUGGUGUGAGGGGUGUUAGCCUUACAGAAGUACUACCUUUGGAAUCAAAAUGACGAUAUUCGAUAUUUUUGGUAAAUGUUUUGUAUUUUUUUUUAAUAAAUGGUUUUAAGU